AUGCUGUGCUUCGCGGCGGGUCUGUGCGUCGUCGCCGGGCUCGUGCAGCACCUGGCGCGCUCGUCUGUAUGCGCGUCGCUGUCGGGCGCGGAGACGGUCCCGUCCAUGACGGGCAUGCUGGCCGGCUGGGCGGGUGGCGAUACCUUUCUCUCGCCUCUGGCCUGCGCGUCGGCGCCGCCGCCGCUCGCAGAGAAGCAAUGCUGGCGUCCGACUAUCGACGAUGUUGACCGCAUAUCGUGGGGCCGGCCGGCAAAGAGAAAGGGCACUGGCUCACGCGGCCAGCCGCACCGACUCAACGACGCGGAGCGCACGCUCUACGACCUCGCACGAUCAAAGGGCUUUGUGGAAGUCGCCGGCUCGGGCUGGCGUUCGCAGCGCGCCGAUGCGCCCCUCGUCAACACGUUUCGCUCGUGGUGCGACGCUCGCGGCGUGGCCGCCAUCUUCCUGCACAAGGGCAGCGACGUCGACCAGGUUGUCCUCGACCUGUCGCCGCUGCGGCGGCCAGCCGAGUUUGCGAACGCGGCGGCGUGGGCGCUCGGGCAGGAGGGCACGGAGGGCGGGCAGGUGGAGGCGAGUGAGAGCGGCGACGGCGGCGAGGAGGGCGGCGGCGAGGCGCUCGAGUUCCUCUCCCAGCGGGUAGACGACUUUCUCAAAGAGCCGAUCCACCGAUUACCAAUGUACACGGUGACCUGGCUGCGGCCGAGGCCCGAGGCCAAGGCACUCGCCAAGCAGCUCGCCGCGCUCCUCGCCACGGGACAGAGCGGCUCGACCGCCAAAAAGGGGCGCGUCAAGUCCCUGGGCGGCCCAAACAUCAAGCCAGGCAAAUCUCGUCGGCAUGGCGGGUACGGCAUUGGGUGA